AUGGCCUCCAGCAGCCCCUUCAGGGCCAUCCUGCAGCUCCUCCUGGCGGUUACUCUGGUGGAGGGAACCUGGGCAGAGGCCACGACCCCUUUGACCGGAGGGCCCAAGCGACCAAGCCCGGGGCAGCAGAGGUUUCUGGGUGCAGAGGGAAGGAACAGGGGAGGGGGGGUCAUCCUGAGUGGGGAGGGAAGCCCCCACACCAGCAGGGGGACACAGCGGACCACAGCGCAUGACCCCCAGGAGGAGCCAGCCCAGCCACACACCCCAUGCCUGCCUGACCCUUGUGGCCAGCCCCCAUAUUGCCUGACCUGGCUGGUCAAAGUGGCUCUCCUGGGGGUCCUGGGGCUUCUGGUCAUGGGGGGCAAUGGGCUGGCUAUUGCGGUGCUGGGCUCCUCGGUGUCCGGCUGGAGCCACAGCAGCCGUUUCAUGCUACUCUCACUGGCUGCCUCGGACGCCGCUCUGGCGGUGUUGGUGGUGCCCCUCAACUUGUACCGGAGCCUGGAGCUGGGGCCAGCAGCCCCCGAGGGGGCAGCCGGGGAAGAGGCUGCCUACUGCCGGGUGGUGGCCUUCAUCAACUCCAGCCUCUUCGGGGCCUCCCUCUACUCCCUGGCCGGGGUCUCCCUGGAGCGUUACGUGGCCGUCUUCUUCCCGCUCCACUACGGCCGCCUCCUGAGCCCCAGGCGAGUGGUUGUGCUCAUCGCAGCCGCCUGGCUCCUGCCUGUCCUCCUGCUGCUGCCGCUGGCCAUCCCAGGCCCCCUGGCCGUGCUCCAGGUCCGCUUUUCUGCGGCCGCCCUGCUGUGCGAGCCGGACUAUGGCUCCAACCCCUUCUACUCCCUCUGGGUGGCUGGCACCAUCUUCUGCCCGGCAGCUGCAACCAUCACCGUCUCCAACGUGCGCCUCUGGCUAGUGGCCCGCUCACAGCGCCAGCGCAGACAGGACGCGGGCUUGCUGGGGAAGGCGGGGCGGCCCAAGAGGCUCCGGACGCUCCAGCUGGAUGCUGCCGCCCGAGUGCUGCUCCCGGUCGUGGUGGCCUUCUUCGUGUGCUGGGGCCCUUGCAUCGGCACCAUCGUGUACAACUCAAUCACCCAGGAAAGAGUCCCCAGCUGGCUGGAAUUCGUGGCUUUGUGGCUCCCCAUUGGCAGCGGCUUCCUCAACUGCUUUGUCUACUUCUGGGUCAACAGGAACUUCCGGCACAAAGUCCAGAAGGUUGGACAAACGCACUGCUUGACCUGCUGCCUAACCGAGCAGGACCUGCGGCCGCAGCACCUCCACAGCAUCUCUGCUCAGGAACCCAGUCCGGUCUUUUGUGCCACCAAAGAAGCAUUUGUCACCUGGAAGAUCUCGGACCCUUAA